GGUUCCGCCGGCUUCCCGAUGGCCUACUCGGUCAUGCCCCGAGAGAUCUUCAACUUCCAGGGCGGCAGGGUGACCAUCACCGAGUGCAUGGACGACCUGGGCAUCGCCGCCGUCGUCUGGGAGAGCGGCGUCCGUCUGGCGCGCUUCCUGGAGGCCAAUCAGCAGCGCUACCCAAUGGCGGGGCGCUCCGUGCUGGAGCUGGGGGCGGGCACGGGGCUCGUGUCCAUCGUGUGCAGCCUCCUGGGCGCCGACGUCACGGCGACGGACCUCAAGGAGGUGCUGGGCUCCCUCUCGACGAACAUCGCCAACAACACGCGGAGCGGCGACGGACGCCCCCGGGUGCGCGAGCUCACCUGGGGCCUCGGCCUCUCGGCCUUCGACGGCACCGCCUACGACUACGUCGUGGCCAGCGACCUCGUCUACAGGGAGGCCUCGCUGGGGCCACUCGCCCUCACGCUGCGACACUUCCUGGAGGGGGCCCGCGGAGGUGGUGGAGGUGGAGGUGGAGCCGGUGGAGCCCUGCGCUUCGGCUUCUGCGGGGAGUUCGUGCGCCGCCUCCGCCGGACGUUCCGCGUCCGCACCCUCGCCGAGUGGCCCGAGGACGAGACGGUCAUCCUCGAGCUGAGGGCUCGCGAGGGCGGGGAGGUGGAGGAGGAGGAGCCGGGGUUUAGUGGAACGAGGGACAAAGGAGAGGUGGCAUUUGACGAAGCUCCACGGCUGCUGGUCUCCCCCGAGGGAGCGGUGGUUACAUUAUGA